UUAAAUCAUCUAAAUUGAAGUCUCAAAAUAAGUCAUCAAAUAAAAAACAAUUCAAUCUGUAUUUGAUUAAUCUGGUUAAUGGCUAUCUCUUCUGAUAGCCGAGUUUACAGCUGCAACAGCUGCUGGAAUCCUGUUGCCUCUAAAGAAGACCUUAUUUCUAAGGCUUAUGUGGCAUUAUCUGGACAAGCCUUCAUGUUUAGUAACGCAAUGAAUAUGAAGGUGGGCAACAAGAUUGAGAAGCAACUAAUGACUGGGAAAUUCACAGUGGCUGAUAUAUAUUGCAUCAAAUGUGGGCAGCUUUUGGGCUGGAAAUAUUUCCGAGCCCAUGACCCAAGACAGUCAUACAAGGAAGGCAACUACGUACUCGAACGUGCUAAGCUACUCAAAGGAAACUAAACCAAAUUAAGCUUUAUAAGUUCCUACUCCGAUCUUUGAUCCGUCCCUUAAUAUUUGUCUCAUUUAGCGUAUUCCUAUAACAUGUGCGAAUUAUUAAAAAAAAGUUGUAUAAAAACGUAUAUGAGACAAAAAUUAAAGAUCAGGGUACUAUUAUUUUUUGAA